CGGUGUCACUUCCGCUCGGUCCGGGUCUACUUCCGGGUGUAGUCGGCGCCGCCGCCUCCUCCCAGCCGGGACCGCCGGGGCCGCCGGGCAGCCCCACCAUGAGGCUCUUCAGCCUCAGUGUCCUCUACAAGGGGGACCCCAAAGUCCAUCUGCUCAAGGCUGCCUAUGAUGUCUCCACUUUCAGCUUCUUCCAGAGGUCCAGUGUGCAGGAGUUCAUGGCCUUCACCAGCCAACUGAUCGUGGAGCGCUCUGGGCCGGGCAGCAGGGCCUCUGUCCAGGAGCAGGAGUAUCUGUGCCACGUCUACGUCCGGGGUGACAGGCUGGCUGGAGUCGUGAUCGCCGACACUGAGUACCCACAGCGGGUUUGCUUCACCUUGCUGGACAAGGUGCUGGAUGAGUUCUCCAGGCAGGUCAGCAGGACGGAGUGGCCCGUGGGAUCACCAGCCACCAUCAGCUACGCCGCCUUGGACGGGUACCUCAGCAAGUACCAGAACCCCCGCGAUGCCGAUCCGAUGACCCGAGUGCAGGCGGAGCUGGAUGAGACCAAAAUCAUCCUGCACAACACUAUGGAGUCACUGCUGGAGCGGGGGGAGAAGCUGGAUGACCUGGUCUCCAAGUCAGAGGUGCUGGGGGCACAGUCCAAAGCCUUCUACAAAACCGCUCGGAAGCAGAAUUCCUGCUGUGACAUUAUGUGACAUGGAGCUCCGGGGGCUCCUGCUCCGGACCCCCCAGGCCCUUUGCUCCCCUCUGAACCCCGAGGACAGAGCAGUCCGCCCUGGCUGGGGCCCGGUGCGGUGCCGCCGUGGCUAGAGCUGCUCCGUUUCUUUACCGGACAUUUUGUCACCUCGAGGGGAUGUGGGGCUGGCAGCGGGGAGCGGGGGGGCACCGGGACCCCCCACCCUUGCUUUUCCCGAAGGUGGUUUGGAGUGGGGGACACGUGCCCGUGUGCCCCCCCCGGUAACACCAGCCAGUACCUGCGUGUGCUGGCACUGCCGGCCGGGGGGGCUGGAGAG